AUGGGCUUCUCUUCGCUCACCCGCACCCUCGGUCUGGGAGCCCUGCUUCUGCUCGGCUCUGAUGUCAUCCCUCAAGUGAAUGGCCUCCCUAAGGCCCCAUGGGCUCAGCAGCGCGCCAAAGGCCAUGGCCGCAAGGCCCUCGCCCAUGCUAUGAGCAAACGCCAGCUCAGCAACAGCUCAGAGCCUGCGGACUGCGUCGUCCAUGACCCCAAUGACGUUGACGCCCCGAAGGAGAAUAUCUGGAGCGGCUUGACCGGCCCCGAGGCAGCCGGCGUCACGGAGUGGCUGUUCGCUCAAACGGAGCUGAACCUCACACAGAGUGAGAACGCCACCUCAUGGGAUAACACCAUUGUUCUUGUGGAGCUCAUGGCCCCCAACAAGUCCGAAGCACUGGCAUACAUUGAUGGCAGUGCCGCGGCCCCCGCCCGCUACGCCCACGUCUUGAUCGACUUCAGCGCUUCCGAAGACCCGGAGUACCAAGAUAUCAUCGUCGGCCCUCUUCCUGUCACUAACGGCACCACCAAGUGGGAGAGCCUUGACUACCCGUACACCCGCAAGACCAGUGGCCGCGUCCGCAACCUGGAUGCCGAUGAUGAUCUCGCCCAAGAUUGGCUCUACGACGUCAGCAAGACCGUCGCAGAUAUCACCCUGGACCUGUGGAACGCUACUGCUCUUGGCCUCGACAACGACACCCUUACCAUCUGGGGCAUUGACCCUUACUACCAGGACGAUGGUCGUGUCCAGCGCUGGGACACGUUCUGGAGCAUCCCCAACACAAUCUUCGACGUCGAGUCCAUGAUGCCCAUGGGUCUGUUCUUCAUGUCAGACGUCACCGGCCGUGACCCUUCUCAAUGGACUGUCGAGGGAUGGUACUACAACGGCAUCUUCUACGAGACCACUGAGGAGUUCCGCAACGCUUACUGGAGCGGAAAGGUCGAGAAGCUUGGCGGCAACUGGGCUGGAGACUGGUCUGCGACCGACCAGCAGGGCGAGGUCCUCCCUCUUGACACCAACGCUCCGCCCACCUCAGUCGCCCCCCAAGGUGCCAGAUACUCCGUGGACCCCGACAGGAAGUACGUCGAAUGGAUGGGCUGGAGCUUCUACGUCGGCUUCACGCGCGACACCGGCAUGGCCCUCUACGACAUCCGCUACAAGGGUCAGAGAAUCCUGUACGAGCUUGGCCUUCAGGAGGCCUUGGCUCACUACGCCGGCAGUGACCCUACCCAGUCUCACGUUGCCUACCUCGACACCUACUACGGAUUCGGCCCCUUCGCCUUCGAGCUUCUCAAGGGAUACGACUGCCCGUCAUACGCCACCUACCUGAACUCCUCCUUCUACGUCUCCGAGACAACCCACACCCACCUGAACAGCAUUUGCCUCUUCGAGUACGACGCCGACUACCCGAUGGCUCGCCACAGCUCGCAGGAGUACGUCACCGCCACCAAGAACGUCUACUUCACCGUUCGCUCCGUGUCCACUGUCGGAAACUACGACUACAUGUUCAGCUACUCCUUCUUCCUCGACGGGUCUGUCGCGGUCGAGGUCCGCGCCUCCGGCUACAUCCAGGCUGCCUUCUACGCCAAGAACGAGGGCUACGGCUUCAAGAUCCACGACAACCUGUCCGGCUCCAUGCACGACCACGUCCUCAACUUCAAGGCCGACUUCGACAUCUUUGGCACGGAGAACAGCGUCCAGCGCAUGCACCAGGUGCCCACUACCCAGGUCUACCCGUGGUCUAAGGGCAAGGCCCUCAGCACCAUGAAGGUCGAGCGCGAGUUCAUCGAGAACGAGGACCAGGGCCGGUUCGACUGGAGCUACAACAACCAGGACCAGCUCUUCGUCCUCAACCAGGAGGUCAAGAACAGGCACGGCGAGUACCGCGCCUACCGCAUCCUGCCCUACACCGGUCUCGCGCACCUGACGGUGAAGGACUCCAACGUCCUCAAGAACGCGGCCCGAUGGGCUGAGCAGGACAUCAUGGUCUCCGUCCGCAAGGACACCGAGCCCCGCAGCAGCCACCCAUACAACAACCAGGACGUCGAGAACCCGCCCGUCAACUUCAACGACUUCUUUGACGGCGAGAGUCUGAACCAGACGGACCUGGUGCUGUGGCUCAACCUCGGCAUGCACCACGUCCCGCAUACCGGCGACCUGCCCACCACGGUCUUCACCACGGCGCACUCGGGCAUCCAGUUCAUGCCGGCCAACUACUUCGAGGUCGGCCCCAACGUCGAGACGGUCAACAUGGUCCGCAUCAACUACCACGACGGCAACACCACGGACGUGUUGACUUUCGGAGCCGAGACCGAUGCUUGCGGCUUGGAUUACGAGCCCACCCAGGUGGACCUGUGGGAGUACAAGGGCGAUGUUGUCGUUCGCAAGUUUCCCUACUUGCCCGACGAUCCUUAUUAUGAGACGGACAGCAUUGUCUAA